AUGACAUACGUGUUUGUUAUAGGAAUCAUCCUGGUAGUCAUUCCAGCCACAGUCAAUGGUCAGAGUGUAGCAGUUGUAGGCAAAAACUUCCAUUAUCAAAUACUACGUCGAACUUAUUUUGAUCCCAUACCAGAUAGUGCUGUUUACUUCAAAGCAAGUAGUACAGGUAAACCUGGUCUUCCAGCAUGGUUGAAGUAUAUUCAGGAAGACCCGAAAAUGGACACUGCAUAUCUAUAUGGUACUCCUACUCCAUCUGAUAUUGGGACAGCUUCAAUUGAGAUUGUAGCCUUCAAUGCUGACACGUAUGACACUAAAAUACUAGCUAUAACAAUAUCUGUAGAAGAAAAUCAUGUUCCAAAUAGUUACUUUGUGACAUUCAACGUCACCAACAAGGAUGUAGGAGAUAUGUACAGUCCUGAUCCCAACUCUGGUAAAAUGACUAUAGAUGCGUUUGUGGGCACUGUGAAGACGAUAUGGUCUGAUGCACAGAAUCUAGCAGUGGCCGAUAUCACAUCAUCCCUAGAUGCUGGAGGACGUGUACCUAUACCUGGACAACCAACUGGUGUUGUUAUUCAGAUUGGUUCUCAGUCUGAUUUUUCUAGUGGCAUUAAGAAUGCGGCAGUCUCUCCGUGUGAGGCUAGUUUCCAAAUAUUUACUGAUAAUGGCUUUGACAUUAAUUGGUGUUAUUUCAACACAACGGUUAAAGAAAUGAAUGACAAGUCCACUAUUAACCCUUCCCCUGUGGUUCUUGGUGCAGUCUAUGUUGCACCUGUUUUGACUGUGGAAGAAAGAGAUCUGACAACUGAAUUCAUAUUGGUUGUUAUAGUGCCAUUAGCUGUCGCUAUUGUCUUGGCUAUAAUAUUAAGUUAUAUCAUGUGUGCUAGACGUGAGGGAGUGGAGAAGAGAAUUAAUGCCACCCCAACUGUACAGUUGACUCACCACAGUCACAUUAAAAAUGCAACAAAGGAACUGAGAGAUAUGUCUAUGAGAAGGGAAGGUGCUCAGCCUUUAUCUACACUACCAGCGUUCAGACUGUCUCCAACUCCCGGAAGUCGUACUGGUCAACAUUCCCCACCACAGGACAG